CAUAUACCUUGAGAAUGAUACAGAAAUCAAAAGACAGAGUCGAGGAGAUCGGAAGAGUGUAUUUGGCGAUAACUAAUAUAUCGGAAGAUCUCUGAUCUAAUCCGGCUAGCGAAUGCGGUAGGUGUUGAGCACAGCGUUACCACACGUGAUCUGGUGCGGAUGCAUGAGCGAGCGCCUUCAGCUAGAUGAGUCCACUAAAACAUAUGGUCAGCAUCCAAUGUCGAAAACUUACAGAGCUAUUUAGUUUGUGGAUUUAUUUACCGCUACAACCUUAUUUUAGCUUUCGUACAGCCCAUUCUGUUCAUUCUACUUGAGUCAUAUUUUGACCUUUCUAAUUAUCCCCUAAUCAAUCUUGACUGUUUUUAUAUCAGGGUGUAUGUGCACUUAUCCCAUUACUCAUCACUUGUCUGUAACCUUUUUUGUGUCAAUAUAAAUAUUGAUUAGCGCUUGACUAGAGGGAGUUGGCUUACCCACCUUUUCCACUGCCUAUCGUUUCGCUUCUCUCUAUUCUAUUCGCUGCAUAUACAAAGUAUAUGUAUUCAAAAGUCCAUCCUCGUUAUUUGACUUAUUCCACUAUUGGCGAACGCGAUUUGAGUCGAUGAUUAUAUAUGAGGAUAAGCAAUAACAAACAUUCAUACGACCUAAUUGGAGUCAGAUCUACGGGCCACUAAAGUGAAGAGCUCGUCAACAAACAUCGUCCCAUGUAAAUGACGACAAAAUAACGGGCCCCAAGCUUGAUUAACUUCUAAGAUUUGUACAAUCCCAACCUCACUAUCUUGGUAAAAUUUUGUGGACAUGCUCAAAGUCAACUUAGCGUCGCUCAAAAGUCAUCCAUAAAUUAUAGUCUCACCGAAUUCAGUUUUUCAACCUCUUGGUCAUAGCUUAUUGUCUUUAGAUAACUGACAUGGUUAUAGGUUGUGUACAUGUAUAUCAAGGCUUAACAGUGGUAGCAGCUGCAUUUUAAUCGAAAAUUUUUUAAAUUUUUUAAGUUCCUAUUUCAGAUUCUUAUCCAGUCGUCUGUCUUCUAUCACCUGCUGACACUCUUGAAGAGCAACUAAUCUCCGCUACAAUGCCUAGUAUACUUUGUUGUGUUUUCUGGUUUUACUUCCUUGCGGUCACCUGGUUCUUCUGGAGUUCGGUAGUGUCGGCAUGCUUCAAAAUCCAGAUUAUCCAACACUUGUAUAUUUCUAUGUUGGAUAGACUGUUUUCCUACGCCGCCUCGGCUGUCACAGUAAAAGACAACAUUAAAAGAAUAAGGAGUGUUGACAGUUUUGAAAACCUUGAUACGUAUGAUGAUGAUUUGAUUGAAAGGGACAUUCAACUAACUGAAGGAGGUGUAAAGGUUAAAAACAAUCUUGUUCCAGAUCAAAAAGGAUUCAGACUAUACUACCCAACCUACUUAGUUAAAUGUGGGAUUGAGGCCAUUAUAGAAGAUUCUGUCACCAAGAGAUUCACAGCUGCGGAGUUAAGAGUAUGGAAUUUCUUGAGUCGCAACCAGAGUUAUGUUUAUGCCAAGAGAGAUAACCAUACCACCCUAAUGAUGCUAUGGCUUGUGGGCCUCAUUGUUCGUUAUGUAAUAUUCCUGCCGUGCAGACUUGUUGUUUUCAUCUCUUCAGUUUUGUUCACAUGGAUUUUAGGCGCUGUGGCUCGGAAGCUUCCCCCUUCACGGUUUAAAAACUGGUUAUCCACCGAAGGAAUCCAGGCAGCCGUACGGCUUAAUUUGUGUUCAUUCUCCGCUGUUAUUCGUUUCCACAACAGAGAAAACCGCCCUAAAGCAAAUACAAUUUGUGUCGCCAACCACACGACACCGUUCGAUUGGUGCAUUUUGGCCUCAGACGUUACCUACGCUGUUGUUGGGCAAAAGCAUGGAGGAUUUUUUGGGUUUGCUGAACGGGUAAUCUCGUGUGCUGUGCCUGCCGUUUGGUUUGAUCGUGAGGAAAUUUUAGAUCGUCUUUCUACAGCUAAAAGGUUAAAAGACCACGCAGCUACACCAAAUGCUGAACCUAUUCUAAUUUUUCCAGAAGGUACUUGUAUCAAUAAUACGUCAGUAAUGAAAUUCAAGAAAGGUUGUUUUGAAGUGGGCGCUGAAAUUCAUCCUGUUGCAAUCAGAUACAAUCCAUUAUUCGCUGACUGUUUUUGGAACAGCAGCCUAGAUAGUUUAUUCCAGUACAGUUUAAAAAUAAUGACAUCAUGGGCUAUUAUGGUAGAUGUUUGGUAUUUACCACCCACUAGAAAAUCAGAUCAAGAAGAUUCAAUUGCAUUUGCAAGACGUGUACAGUAUAGUAUUGCACAAUGUGGUGGUAUGAUUGGAAUGGAUUGGGAUGGUGAAUUAAAACGAAACAAACCAAAAGACACAUUAAGACAUGCACAACAAAAAUAUGUUAGUCAAUAUGUUAUACCUGCUGACUCACAAUCAUCUUCUACAUAAAAAAAACUGAUCUAUCCUGUAUACACACCCACCCACACACGUCAAAUUUUUCUACUACAACUUUGAUCUUGCAUUCUCUAUUGAAUCCUACCAAAUUGUUAUUGUUUAUUUUUGAAUUAAUAUUUUACAUUCGAGUUUGUGGUUAUCUUACAAUUUAAGUUCUCCUUAGUUUAAACACAUUCCUCUGUUUUAUAUUAUUAUUAUUAUUGUUAUCCAAAGAGAAUUUAUCCAGAGCAAGUGAAAUCACUCUUUUCUAUUUUAAAACAAUUCAUUGUUCUUUUCUUGUUUUCCUGUGUUUGAGAUAAAAACUUUUGUAAUCCUCUUACUUUUGUAUUUGUUAUUGAAAAACUGUUUCGAUUAUUAUUACCAAAUAUAUAGACUCCAAUUACCGCUGCACCGCUAUAUGUAUACUAGUCUGUUUAUUUGCCUUUUGUUAUCGCUAUCAGUUAGUCAACCAACCUCUCUGUUUUCUAAUCAUUUUUACAUUAAUGUGACAAUCUUGUUGAUUCUGUUACUACUUAUUUUCUUUCCUCAAACAAACAAGAAUUAAUAUGUUCUAUUUAUCAUUUCAAUGUAUAGAGAAAGUGAUGAAAAAGUUGAAUGGUAUAAAAGGAAUUCAUAAACAUAAUGGUGUAUAUACUAUUGAUUGGUCUUAAUUUUUAUCUUAUACUUCAGACAAGUAUUGUUGUUUUUUUUUACAGUUUUUUUCCGGGGGCUGACAUUAAAACGGUUGCGGAUUUUUUCCCCUUAACCCUAACGAUAAAUUUUGAAAGUAUAACUGUGAAUAUUAAGAAUUAGUGAUUGAUUCAAGUGUUAUGGAAAUCUUUACUCAAUAUAGUCUGGAUGCACACUUUUUCCGCCCAAAUGUUUGGAAAUGUUGUAUGAUGAAAAGAAAAUUAAUCAUAGCUA